CAGGAAAAAGGCUGCAACCCCUCUUCUUCUUCUUCCUCUUAUUCUUCUCCCCCCAUCUCAGUGAGGCACAGCUGUAGCCGUGACAGUUUGUGUUCUUCUGUAAGAAUUUGCAGCUCCUGUGGUGGGAGACGCUGCCACUCUGGGAGCCAUGAGUCGUUGUUGUGUGGUCAAAGUGAUCACCUUGACAGAGAUCCAGCUUCUACAGGUAGGGGGAGCGACUUAACUGCAGGCCAGGGAAAUCGGGAAUAUAUAUCGGGAACAUCAGCUUUAGAAACGCAUGUGUGUUUGUUUGUAAGUGCAUGCAAGAGAAACUGUCUAUGCUUUAUUAAAACUCAUGCAUCUACAACCAGAAAAACUGAGUAGCCACUGUGGAAUGCAAACUUUGGGAUCAGUUAGCUAUCUCAGUCUUAUCUUCCCUCAUAUUUCACAAUCUAGGGUGUGUGGUUAAAGCUAUUUACUGGUUAGCAGGCUCAGCAAAAAUACAGUAAGCGUGUUUGAGAAGGCUUUUUGUUCCACUUUCAUCUUAUCUCUGUAGAUUCAAGAUGGGAAAAAAAAGAUAACUGAGCAUUACCACCCUGCAUUCCCUAACUGUGUCAAUAAGCUGUAAAAUGCAGCAUUUUGCAGAAAUGAAUCCAACCCUCAUGCUGGGUUUUGUCCCUAAUUUGUACAGCUAGUUAAUGUCACCAUCACCCAGUGUUUCAUAAGUUGCUGGAUUUUUCUGAAGUGAAAGGAGAACUUUGGCAAGACUGAAACUGAGUUAGGCAAGAGUUUUUCAUUUAGGAGAAACACCUGUGAGUUUGUCUGUUACAAUGGCAUUGCGAGUGCAGCAUUUCAGUGGGACUAGAGAAAUACACCUUUUUACUCAGAGGCCUGCCAUUGUCAAGGCUGGCGUCGGCGACUGAAGCACCAUUACCUCUCAAAUCUAAUCGGAUUCCCUUAAGUGGAUAACAAGCGUGUCUCCGGCAUUUACAGUAGUGAGAAAGCUGAAGUGAAACCAGGACAAACUGUUGUCACACAAAGCAGAUGCGGUGUGAAGCAGUCCUGGCAUCUCUCCUGCUAUCCGUAGUGGAAAAAAAUGUUGAUUGGCUAACAACUGGCAUCUUGUUUGGCCUGGAGAAGUCAGAUAGGAGCUCUCAGUCACUACUGACAAGUUGAGUAUUGUGAUGAGCCUGUUCUUAGUGAGGUGAAUAAGGGCAGCCUGUCUAGCUGACGAGAAGAAUUUAAUGCUGACUUUUAGUAUUAACUACUAGUGUUGCCUUAGCUAAAAGUGCCUGAGAUUUAGCAGUCUGAAGAGUCGGAAAACAUACUUUUUACCAGAAAGUUACCACUUUCUGUGUCACUUUUUAAGAUAAUAAAUGACAAUUCUUCCUACAUAAUCUCGCUUUUUUAUGCAUUUCAUUAUUCUGUCAUUUCAUCUGAUAAAUGACACUUAAUACAGAUGCAGAAAAUGAAUUCUUUAAUAUGACGUUAGUCUUUAUCAAUGAUUUACACAUAUUAGGUCACAUUGCAUAGUCUACUAAACCUGCUUAAGUACCACACUGGUCCACAGGGUACACUAUUUUGACCAGUGAAUAGACUACUUUAAGAAGAAGUUGCACAGAAAUCAGGGUAAAAGAAGACCAUCAACAACUGACAAAAUUAAUAUGAUAACACUGCUAACGAUGUAUCUUUAAGUACCCACAGAAAUUCUCUGCAGCUGAACUAAUGAAGUGAGUUACAAAAGUGAGCUUCUUUGUGAAUACCAGACAAGGAUUAUAUGUUUUUAAAUGAGAUGUUCACUUCAAAAAAGCCCUCAAUCUACACUAAUAAAGACGUCAAAAUCACUUUAUUGCUGUGAUUGUUUGGGCAACUGAAAAUACUAAAUUGUCCACACUGAAUAAAGUGAAUGAAUGAAAAAGACUUGGUUAAAAAUGGCAUUAGAGGAGUUAUUUAAAACCCCCCACCGGGGAACAAGGGUCAAUUGUGCUGCCACAAGCUCUGGAGCAAGGAGCAGAGGACUUUGGGAGUUAACCACUGAUUGGUCAGUGAGACAGAAAAGGGCGGUCCGAAUGAAAGGCAGAUAUCUUGCAGUGAUCAAACCCUGGGUGAUCUGACAGUCCAGUGUUUGAAGUGAUUAUCAUGCUAGGCAACAUAAAGGCUCACCCCCAGCUUUGGGCCUAAUUAGCUCACUUAGGGCCCUUUAUAAGACAGUGGCAAGGGACUGGAUAGUACAGACACUCAGUGAGGAGUCAGAACAGGAUAGCAGCAGACCUGGAUCCCUAAAGUUGACCUGCUGCUACACCAAAUAAGACCAAUCUGAAGAUUAUCUGCUUUUCUGAGAAUGCCACACUUAACUGACUGCAGUUACUACAUGAUGCGGGACGCAACCAGAGCUUCAAAUGUACACAGCCACCUGGAGAACUCCAAGUUCCACCUCCACCAGACCCAGAAUCAGCAGGUCAAGCAGUACCUAACACUGGGCUCCAAGCUGGCCUCUUCAGCCGGGCAGGGUCACGCCAUUUCACAUCCUCACACCCCAGGCCAACCGCUGGCCACUGUGCCGAUCAUGAGGAAUGGACACAUGGCCUCUGUCAGCGACGGCAGCAACCCCAACAGCCCUGUUACUCUGCUCACUAUGGCCAGUCACGACAGUGAGUUUCCAAUGGAUGAAGUUAUUGAUGACCUAAUUAGUCUUGAAUCCGGUUUCAAUGAUGGAGGCUUGGAUUGCAUGGAGCCUAACAUCAUAAUGCAAAACAAUGUGUCCCUCAGUGGCAGCAUGUUGGACGUCUAUGGGGGUGAACAAGGUAUGAACGCCCCUAAUGAUGGAAUGAGUCCCACAUCUAACCCCACAAAGCUCACUGUUAAAAGGGAAUACACAGAACACGACACAAGGGUGAUAGCCAAAGAGAGGCAGAAAAAGGACAACCAUAAUUUGAUUGAAAGAAGAAGAAGAUACAACAUCAAUUACAGGAUUAAAGAGCUUGGGACACUCAUACCAAAGUCGAAUGACCCUGACAUGCGCUGGAACAAAGGCACUAUCCUAAAGGCCUCGGUUGAGUACAUAAGGUGGCUGCAGAAGGAGCAGCAGCAUGCUCGGGAGCUGGAGAGCCGUCAGAAGAAGCUGGAGCAAGCGAACAGGAGACUGCUGCUGAGGAUCCAGGAGCUUGAGAUCCAGGCAAGAGCACACGGCCUCCCAAACAUGGCUGCAGCUUUGGGGACAGUUGAACUAUCCUCCCAUCUCCUUAAACAACAACAACAACAACAACAACAACAACAGCAGCAGCAGCAGCAGUCGUCGCCCCAGGCCCAACAACCACAGCAGCCGCCCCUCUACCAGGAGGACCCCAACAGCGAAUACCUUCAGAGGAUAGUGUUAGCUGCUGUGCCAUCCGUCCCCGCCGCCAGCGGGCCACAGGAUCACAUCCCCGGCGCUGAUGGCUGCACCACAUUCUCUGAUCCACUCUCCCACUUCACAGACUUCUUCAGCGCCACGCUCAAGGAGGAGCAUCGGCUGGAUGAGAUCUUGAUGGAUGAUCCGCUGUCGCCCUUUGGUACCGACCCACUACUCUCGGCAGGCUCGCCUGGUGCCGCGUCCAAGGAUAGCAGCCGCAGGAGCAGCUUCAGCUCUGCUGAGGGUGACGACCUAUAAGGGUGCCCUCUUCAGUUAAACGCUCCAAUGUCCUCAUGACAACUCGGUUGUAAUCCUCAGUGGUAAAGGCCAUGCACAGAGCCCUUAAAAGACUGACUGGCGGCUCCAGGUAUACAAUAAUGACCGAUCACAGGGUUGCAAGUAAUUUAAUUGACAGCUAACACACCUGACACAGCCCCCCAAAGUGACAUUUGUAUAUAAAGUGUGUAGUUCUUGUUGAUCAGGUGGGUGUAACAGCACAACUGGCCCAAAAGCUUGCAUUCUCCAAAGCUCAGUGAGACCAGGAACAGCUGAUGGACCUCCUUCUCCUCCACCUGCUCUUUUUUUUUCAACUUUACAAUGUCAAUAUAUUUCUCUGCCUCCCAUACAGAGCAGAAACAGACUCACAAGAAAAAGGGAGACACUCAGCAGCCUUCAAGUACAUUACGUAAAUGACCUUUUUUUUUUCCUUUAAACACUUUGGUAGCUGUACACUGUAACAUGCAAAACUGUCCUUUUUUUUUAAAAAAAAAAAAAUGAAAAUACUACAGUCGGGAUUUUGAUUGUGUGAUGUGCCUUAUUGGAACUUCCAGUUCUGUCUUACAAAAAAGAUAUGAACAUUUAACUGAUGUAUUCACUGCGAUGCCUAACAUGUUGUUGGUCUUGUCCGUGCCUUUUAAGUGUUUUUGUUAAAUAAGUGUUUGUGUAUUUAUGUAUGUUUUAAUCCAUGUAUUCAUAAUAUAUAUAUAUAUAUAUAUGUAUAUGUUACCUAACAUGUUAACUUUUUUAUUCUUAGUAGGGGUGGGAAAAAAUAUAAUAAACCCCCUUUUUUGAUAUACCUGA